AUGCAAAAGCGAUUCAAAUGUUCAGUUCUAUGGCAGAUUCCGGCUUCCUUGAUGAAGCGAAAGAGCUUUUUAAGCCACUCUCUGGUGAGGUCACUUUGCCUCAAGUGGCUGUCUUCACCUUGGUCGUUUCAAAACGCCCGCGCUGGCAUGGCCAUGGAUGCUCACAAGGUCUACCAGCAGAUGAUAGCCUCUGGUGUCACCCCCACCGCCUACAUUUACACUGCACUCAUUAGUGGAUUUGCAAAAGACUUGUCCAUUUUGGAUUCUGUCGGGUAUGCCAAGAAGUAUUUUCUUGAAAUGUUGGACAGGGGGAUGAAGCCCCAUUAUAAACCUUACAUGGAUCUUAUAAAUGCCAUUGCCUGCGAAGAGCCAGAGGAGGAGGUUAAUAAGUUCCUUGAGCAGAUAAAGGCCAAGGGGCUCAGCCUUGACAACUAUAGUUUUCCAUACAAAGAAGGCCACCUGACAAAACAGAUGGAGGCAAUCUGCAUGUCUACUGAUCUUGUCGACAACAAUACUGUUGUGAAAAAAUAUCUUGAGAAGUUGUUGGCUUCACCUUGGGAAAUCAUUGAACUUUCAUUGAGUAUGCACUGUGCUUUGCUAGAAGAUGGAAACGUCAAUGAAGCUACAAAGGUCUGUAACUCAAUUCAGCACACAGUCACAGAGCCCUCGGUCAUACUCCACACCUUGGUCAUUGAAUCCUACCUCAAGUUCGGCAAGGUCAAGGGUGCUCUGAAGGCCUACCGGGGAAUGUUAGCUGCGGGUGUUGCCCCCAACUCCUACACUUACACAGUUUUAAUCAAGGGGCUCACUGCUGAUCCCCUCUUCUCUGGAGAUGCCAAAAAGUGCUUGCUUGAGAUGAUGGAAAAAGGGGAUGAGGCCCAAUGCUGCUACCUACACUGUUGUGAUAGAGAGCUUUGCAAAGCAGGGUGA